GCUGUACCAUUUCCCUAUGUCAUUUUACUCUCAAAGGGCGGUCCUCACGCUGCAUGAGAAGGGACUGGCGUUUGAGGAAGAGCUGGUGAACAUCCAGGCGAACGAACAGCACCGACCCGAGUACCUGCAUAUCAACCCCAAGGGUACCGUGCCCGCGCUGCAGGAUGGUGUCAAGGUCAUCCCGGACUCGACGCUCAUCAUGGAGUACCUGGAGGAUAACUUCAGCGACGGGAAAUUUCCGCGUUUGCUUCCCCUGGACAAAAGUUCUGAGGAAUACCGAAAAGUGACCAACUUCACCGAGGAAUUUCUCAAGCUGGACAUUCCUGUCUUCACUUAUGGCACGUUCCACAAUGAAGAGCUACGCCAGAAAGUUCGACUUCCUCGGAUGAUGCUGCGCUCUAUUGUGAACAAGACCCGUCCGGCGGAGGGCAAGAACCCGUUGGUGCUCGCUCGCGUACUGCAUGCCAUGGAAGAGGUGCCCGAGGCACGCGAGGUGCUGCAGAACAAGGUGGACUCCAUGAAGAAACUUGCUGACGGCAUGCUGGACCCGGAGAAGCACCGGCAGGCCAUGCGAGAGCGGGCCAGCUGGUGGCUGUGCGGCGCCUCCUUCAGCCUGGCCGACGUCGACCUGUGCGUGCUGCUCAACCGCAUCUGGAUGCUCGGCCUGGAGGAGCGCCUGUUCACGCGCACAGGGACUGCCUUCCAGAAGACCACGGCCAUGCCCUUCAAGAUUCGUGCCCUUCUACUGGCUGAAAGGGUCGGCUCCUACCUGCCGCUGGUGCUCGGCCUGGGCGCCAUCCUGGCGGCCGCGUAUGGAAUCUACGCUGCGCGCCGUGAACCGACGCCUACAGGAAAGGUAGGCGAUGGACAGGCGCUGGGUCGGCCCGAGCGGCAGCGGGGGCCGCAGCCGUCGGCCGAGAGCGAGCUGUGA